AAUAUGGGCUCCAUUUCCGUGACUUCAGAAACCCAGGCGUUACCUUCUCUCCAGAUCCCCUCUAAGUACAGUACUCUUCAUACAGAUGCUGCUAGCACAAAUGCGAUCCUGCGAGCAGCAUGCACAUGGGGGAAUAUUCCUGAUGGAGGUAUGAACCGACUAACCUGCAAUGACGACGAUAAGAGUGUUCGUGACUGGUUCAUCACCGAAACAAAAAACUACGGCUGCUUCCACAAAAUCGACGAAAUGGGCAAUAUCUUUGCUAUCCGCCCCGGUCAGAACAAUGACCUUCCUCCAAUCGCAAUCGGCAGUCAUCUGGACACUCAACCCACUGGAGGGCGUUAUGAUGGUAUCCUUGGCGUUGUGUGCGGUAUGGAGGUUUUGCGAGUCUUGCAUACAAAUAACAUCACGACGUAUGCGCCUGUGGCGGUAGUGGACUGGACCAAUGAAGAAGGCGCGAGGUUUCCACCGGCGAUGCUGUGCUCGGGCGUAUGGGGCGGCGAAUUCACAACCGAAUACGCUCAAAGUCGUCAAGAUCAAGACGGUAUCACACUAGGCUCAGAGCUGGAGAGGAUAGGAUACAAUGGCCCAACUCCAUGUUCAUACACAGCAAACCCCAUCCUGGCCCACUUCGAAGUCCACAUCGAGCAAGGCCCGAUUCUAGAUUUCGCACAAAAGCCCAUUGGUAUCGUAAGCGGCGUCCAAUCAAUCCGAUGGUGCAAUAUAGAAGUCCAAGGCCGGGAAGCACACACCGGAUCAACACCCAUGGACCGGAGAAGCGAUGCGUUGCUCGGCGCUGCCAAAAUGAUUGUAGAAGCUAACCGGAUCGUCACCGAAACCAAAGUCGCGUUAAGAGGUGGUCGCGCUACAAUCGCAGUCAUCAAUGCGUCGCCGCAGAGCAUCAACACGAUUUCCGGCAAAGUUAGCCUUGGUCUCGACAUCCGCGCACCUGUGGAUAGCGACUCGGAACUCAUCGAAUCUCAAUGCAGGAAAUCGUUUGGGAAAAUCUGCAAGGAGCAUGGUUUGACUAUGAACUUCGACAACUUCUGGGUCAGUCCUGCAGUUGUGUUCGAUCAAGUCAUGGUUGAUUGUGUGAGGCAGUCUGCGACGGAUAUGGCGUGCGAUAUGGAGAUUGUGAGUGGUGCUGGGCACGAUUCUGUCUAUACUUCGCGGAAAGUGCCGACGGCUAUGAUUUUUGUGAGGUGUCGGGAUGGAGUGAGCCAUCAUCCUGACGAGUUUACUUCCGAGGAAGAUUGUGCAGCGGGUGCGGAGGCACUGCUUGGGGCAUAUCUGAGAUAUGAUGAUUACAUCCAUCGGUCAAUGGCCAAGAUUUAA